UCCGCUAUUUCCUUUUUUGGAGAAUCCAAAAUGGCGGAUUAAUAAUAAACGCACAGUCCUGUUUGUUUUCUAAUGGGAGCGACUAUUCAAUAUGGCAGACAAAAAAGGGAAGUCUACGGGAGUGAAGAGGGUACUUACGAAGAGAGAGCAAGAGGAGAUCAAGAAAAAGGAAGAAGAAAAGGCCGCUGAAGUCUUUGAGGAGUUCUUGGCGUCUUUCGAUGGCAGUGAGAAGAGCAGCGUAAAGACUUUUGUACGAGGGGGGAUUGUAAACGCCACUAAAGAGGAAGAGGCAGCGGAGGUGAAGAAGAGUAAACUUUACAGACCUGCUUCUAAAUUCACUCCCGUACCUCAGAAUGUGUCACCAGUGCAGCCUGCAGAGUCUAAGAAAACUGUGGUUAAAAAGAAAACAGAAGAGAAGAAGAAGAGUAACCUGGAAUUAUUCAAAGAGGAGCUUAAACAAAUACAGGAAGAGAGAGAAGAGCGCUACAAAAGGAAGAAGAAUGAUCCAGGAGGGGUGUAUCCAGAUGUGGAUCUACCGCUAACACGACGGUCAAUAUUUGAUGAUGACCCAACAGUGCCAACCACUACUAACCUCUACAUUGGCUGCAUCAACCCCAAGAUGACGGAGGAGAUGCUGUGCAAGGAGUUUGGAAAGUAUGGCCCGCUGGCCAGUGUCAAGAUCAUGUGGCCUAGGACGGAAGAGGAGAGGACCAGAGUGACCAACCGCGGCUUUGUGGCCUUCAUGACACGGAAAGACGCUGAAAGGGCAUUGGCUGCUUUAGAUGGAAAAACAGUGAUGGGUUUUGAGAUGAAGUUGGGCUGGGGGAAAGCUGUACGGAUUCCGCCCCAGCCCCUCUACACCCCCAUAGGGGUGCUGAAGACCACGGCCCCACCUCCCCCAUCCGGGCUGCCCUUCAAUGCUCAGCCGCGGGACCGCUUCCGCAACGACUUCACCAAACCUCGCAGCCGCUCGCAAGAAGAUUUUUACAAGACUCUGUACGACGCCGUAGUGACAGUGGUUAUCCCAUCAGAAAGGAACCUGCUGUGCCUCAUCCACAGGAUGAUUGAGUUUGUGGUGAGAGAGGGACCCAUGUUCGAGGCCAUAAUCAUGAGCCGAGAGCAGAGCAACCCAGACUUCAGGUUUCUGUUUGAUAAUAAGAGUCAGGAACAUGUUUACUACAGAUGGAAGCUCUACUCCAUACUGCAGGGAGACAGUCCGAGCGAAUGGAAGACGUCGCAUUUCCGAAUGUUUCGGGGUGGUUCUCUGUGGAGGCCCCCUGUCCUCAAACCAUAUCUCCAUGGAGACGAGGAGUCGGAGGAUGGCUCCUCCCCCUCUCAGGAGGAGGAGCUAAAGAAAGGGCAGCUAAAGGCCGAACACAGAGAGCAGUUGGAGGUGUUGUUGCGGGGUUUAACACCCCGUCGAGUGGAGAUUGGAGACGCCAUGAUGUUCUGUCUGGAGAAGGCUGAAGCUGCAGAGGAGGUGGUCUCCUGCAUCGCGGAGUCACUCUCUAUACUACACACCCCACUACAGAAGAAGGUUGCAAGGCUGUAUUUGGUUUCAGACAUCUUGUACAACUCCUGUGCCAAAGUCGCUAAUGCAUCCUACUACCGGAAAUACUUUGAGCCAAGGCUGCCUCAGAUUUUCACUGACGUUGGGGAGGCAUAUAGAAACAUCCAGGCCAGACUGCAGGCUGAGCAGUUCAAGCAAAAGAUCAUGACUUGCUUCCGAGCAUGGGAGGACUGGGCCAUUUACCCAGAAUCCUUUUUGAUCCAGCUGCAGAACAUCUUCCUUGGCCUCAUCAAACCAGGAGAGGAAGUCAUUGAAAGGACAGAGACUGCUUCUCCAGACCUGGACGGUGCUCCGUUAGAUGGAGCUCCUCUGGAUGGGGCGGAGAUUGACGGCACGCCUCUGGACGACCUGGACGGAUCCCCCAUGCCCUGGGACCCUUCCUCCAUUGAUGGGGUUCCCGUGGAUGACAUAGAUGGGGUCCCCCUCGGACCCCCAAUGGAUGACAUUGACGGUGUGCCCUUGGAUGAAGGCAUGGAUAAGAUGGUGCCCAGUGUUGCCUUGUCUAAAUGGGAGAGAGUGGACGAUGUUGAGCCUUCAGCUAAAUCAGACUCUGAAGAUGAGAGGAGUGUUGGUGAUGUGAAGGAUAACGAGAUGGACUCUGAUGAUGUCAGCAGCAGCGAUGACGCGGCCAGUCCCAGCAGGUACGAGGGGGCGGAGUUUAAGAGCAGCCUGAGAAACUUCGAGAUGUCUGAGAGCAAGAGAACUCGACUCCGAGAGCUGGAGGUGAAGGUGAUGAAGUUUCAGGAUGAGCUGGAGUCUGGGAAGAGACAGAGGAAGUCCAGCAUGAGCCUCCAACAACAGGUUCAGCACUACAGAAACAAACUAUUACAGAAGGAGUUUGAUAAAGACGAAGAAGAAAAGAAAGACAAGUCAAUGAGUAAGCAGAAGGACAAACCGAAGAAAGAAGAGCGGAGAGACAGAGGGGAAGACAAAAGCAAAGGGCGAGAGAGGGAGAAGGAGAGAGAACGGGAGAAGGAGAAAGAGAGAGAAAAAGAGAGGGACAGAGAAAGGAGCAAGAAGAGUGAGGACCGGGAGAGGAGCAGGGGGAGGAGCCGAGACAAAGAGGAGAAGAGGGACCGGACAAGGUCUCGGUCACCGCGGAAGUCGAAGCGUUCCCGCUCUCCGUCGCCUCAGCGCAAGUCCUGGAGGUCUUCAUCUCGAUCGCCCCACCGCUCGCACAAGAAGGCCAAGAAGAGCAAACACUGAACCCUGACCUUUUGACCUCUGUGACCUUUUCUUCUGAUUUUGAAGCAGCUCUGUGAACAGCGCCACCUACGGAUUGCUGCCGUUCUCACACAUGCUUCUGUCCCACAAUGCUUCAGGGGCUGGACUCGGGCCAACGACUGCUGUCUGUUUAUUUCCCAGAAUCCUCCUACUCUCUGUGGCUGCUCCAAUUACACAAGCAAGGGCUCGGCCCGGAUUUUUUUGUAAAAUGAAGUUUAAGCGUUUAUUUGUACAGUUCUUAAUUUUGUUUUUAAAAACGCCCUCUUUGGAAAGAUCUGUUGCAGGAUUGGCCCCCACAAUCUUUACAAUAAACAGCUCUUGGCAGUAA